AUGAAUAAAAAAUUAAACCCUGAGGAAAUUAAAGAACGAAUACUAAAUUUAGCCCAAAAAAUGAUGGGCUGGUACCGGACCGAAAUGCAAGCUUUGCAAGACAGCCGGCGAGAAGUCGAAAAAAUCUUGCAAAAAAAGCCCAAGGAGUUAACUAGAAACGAUGGUAAAGAUUUACAAAGCGAAAUGAAAUUUCUCAUGCGAAGGCUCGGAGACGAAGAUAAUUACGACAAGUUAGAAGAGUUGAACCAGCAAAAGCGGGAAAAAGAGAUUGAGAAGCUGGCUUUCCUGUUAGCCGCUCUUAUUCGCAAGUUUAUCCGGAUGGCACUUGUUCUCGCCCGCGA